AUGGCUUCUUGGAGCACAAAAGCCUUAUCUAAGGCAUCAGUGACAUUUGAGGAUGUGGCUGUGAACUUCACCCAAGAGGAGUGGAAGCGCCUGGGCCCUACUCAGAGAGCCCUGUACAGGGAUGUGAUGCUGGAGAACUAUAGGAAUCUGGUCUCCCUGGGGCAUCAAGUUUCCAAACCUGAUGUGAUCUCCCAGUUGGAACAAGGAAAAGAGCCUUGGAUGGUGAAGAGAAAAAGUCCAGUGUGGGAGACUGAAAAUAAGAAACCUGAAAAUAAGAAAUCAGCUCAAAAUCACAGCAUUUCGGAAAAAGGCUCAUUCCAGGAAAUGAUAAAGAAAAGACUUACAAGGGGUAAAAAAUUAAAAAGUGAUGGUCCAUUGGGGAAUCUUCAGAAGAUCCAAGAGAGAAAUUUGAGUCAGAAGACAUUCACUAAAAAUAAAAUCCUCACUAGAAAUAGAGGUCCUGAAUAUAAUGAAUUAGGAAUAAGUGUAAAUCAGAAUUCAGGCCCUGUUACACAGCAAAACACUCCUAAAGGAGAGAGUGAUGAUAAAUGUGAUACCAGUAGAUUGUGUCAUUCAGACACAAUCAAAUCAAAGAAAAUCCGUUCAGAGAAAAAGCCAUAUGAUUGUAAGAAAUGUGGGAAAGCCUUCAGGUGGUGUACAGAAUUCACUCAACAUCAAAGAGUCCAUACUGGAGAGAAACCCUUUGAAUGUAAGGUAUGUGGGAAAGCCUUCAGAUGGUGUACAGACCUCACUCAACAUCAAAGAGUUCAUACUGGAGAAAAACCCUAUGAAUGUAGUGAAUGUGGGAAAACCUUCAGAUGGAGUACAGAUCUCACUCAACAUCAGAGAACUCAUACUGGAGAAAAACCCUACAAAUGUAAUGAAUGUGGCAAAUCCUUUAGUCAAAGUACAAAUCUUACUCGACAUCAGAGAACUCAUACUGGAGAGAAACCCUUUAAAUGCAUUAAAUGUGAGAAAACUUUUAGCCGGAGUACACACCUUACUCAACAUCAAAGAAUCCAUACUGGAGAGAAACCCUAUGAAUGUAAUGAAUGUGGAAAAGCCUUUAAUCGGAAUACACAUCUUAUUAGGCAUCAGAGAAUUCAUACAGGAGAGAAACCAUGUGAAUGUAGUCAAUGUGGAAAAUCCUUCAGGUGGACUACAGACCUUUCCCAACAUCAGAAAACUCACACUGGAGAAAAACCUUAUGGAUGUAGAAAAUGUGGGAAAGCCUUUAGCCGGAGUACACACCUUACUCAACAUCAAAGAAUCCAUACUGGAGAGAAACCCUAUGAAUGUAAUGAAUGUGGGAAAGCCUUCAGGUGGCGUAUAGACCUUACUCAACAUCGAAAAAUUCAUACUGGUGAGAAGCCCUAUGAAUGCAAUGACUGUGGGAAAGCUUUCAGUCAGAGCACAAACCUUACUCGACAUCAGAGGAUCCAUAUUAGGAAGAAACUUUAG